AUGACUAUGUUGAACACCCUUCUGGCUCUCACGAACUUCCGAUCUCCCUUUCUUCGUACACUGGUUCCCAGUAUUGGACUUGCCUAUGCUAUUCAAGCUGGUGUUGCAGCUCCUAGUAUCUUCUUCCAAUCCGAGCGAUUCUACGAUCUGAGUGGAUCAUUGACAUAUCUGUCAUGCACGGCACUUUCUCUCUACUUGCCUACGCUUAGAGCUAGAGCCGCGGCAGCGACUGUCUCUGCUGGUACUGCAGCUCUGCCUGGAUUCCCUAGCUUGUUGGCCAGUCUAGCCAGCAAGGGAGGCGUUCAAGCCUGGAACUGGAGACAGUUGNGAUCUUUCCUCUUCUCCCGUAUCAGCUCAGAAGACGGCCGCGACUCUCGCUUCGACGAGAUCAGAACCUCUCCUCCCAAGUUCCUCGGUGCCUUCUUCGCUCAAGCAACCUGGGUAUCCUUGUGUCUUCUCCCGUCCUCGCUCUCAACUCCGUACCCGCAACAACUCUUUCUGCCCUCCCCUNUCCUGACCCUCACCGACGUCAUCGGUGUACUCCUCUACGUCGGCGGUCUCGGAUUCGAAGCCACAGCCGACAAGCAAAAGAGUUUGUGGAUGGAAGAGAAGAAGAAUAAGAAGCACAACGAGGACUUUUUGACCAGAGGUCUCUGGUCUAAGAGCAGACACCCCAACUACUUCGGCGAGAGCACCUUGUGGACUGGUAUCGCUACCGUUGCUGCCGGUGUCUUGGUCAGCAAUGUCGGUCAGUCUGGUAUGGGAUUCAGCGGCAGUCUUGGUGCCAGACUUGGUGCGUUGGCUAUGGCUGGUGUUAGCCCUGCCUUUGUUACAUUCCUGUUGUUCAAGGUAAGUUUCGAAGAUGAUGAUAGCCCUAAACUCCCGUGUACUUACAGCUCAAUCAGGNUUUCCGGUAUUCCUCUUAGCGAGAACAAGUAUGACAAACGCUACGGUGAUCGUAAGGAUUACCAGGAGUGGAAGAAGAACACACCCAUGUUCUUCCCCAAGCUUUGA